ACCCAGAUAAGCUCAGGGCGGCCAGAGCAUCCCGAUCCAAUCACGCCAUGAAGGGAGAGGCAGGCGGAGAUUUCACAGAUUUAGAUAACCAACCUUAAUUCCAGUAUGCUUAAAAGGAAACAGAGUUCUAGGGUAGAGGCCCAGCCAGUAACAGAUUUUGGUCCUGAUGAAUCUUUAUCGGACAACGCGGAUAUUGUGUGGAUUAAUAAACCAUGGGUACACUCUUUACUACGCAUCUGUGCCAUCAUCAGUGUCAUUUCUGUUUGCAUGAACACUCCAAAGACCUUUGAGCAUUAUCCUCCUCUUCAGUAUGUGACAUUUGCUCUUGAUACACUACUGAUGUUCCUCUACACAGCAGAGAUGAUAGCAAAGAUGCAUAUCCGUGGCAUAGUCAAGGGGGAUACUUCUUAUGUAAAGGACCGUUGGUGUGUAUUUGAUGGAUUCAUGGUUUUUUGUCUUUGGGUGUCAUUGGUUUUACAGGUGUUUGAAAUUGCUGAGAUUGUUGACCAAAUGUCACCAUGGGGCAUGCUGAGGAUACCACGGCCACUUAUUAUGAUUCGAGCAUUCCGAAUCUAUUUCCGCUUUGAAUUGCCAAGAACCAGGAUAACUAACAUUUUAAAGCGUUCAGGUGAACAAAUCUGGAGUGUGUCAAUAUUCCUCCUCUUCUUUCUGCUUCUGUACGGAAUUCUGGGGGUUCAGAUGUUUGGACCUUUCACGUACCACUGUGUAACCAAUGAUACAAAGCCAGGAAACAUAACCUGGAAUAAUUUAGCGAUCCCAGACACACAUUGUUCAAAGGAGUCAGAAGAAGGUUACCAGUGUCCACCAGGAUUUGCAUGUUUAGACCUUGAAGAAUUGGGCCUGAGCAGGCAAGAACUGGGCUACAGUGGCUUUAACGAGAUAGGUACCAGCAUAUUUACUGUUUAUGAAGCUGCUUCCCAAGAAGGCUGGGUCUUCCUGAUGUAUAGAGCAAUUGACAGCUUCCCUCGAUGGCGCUCGUACUUCUAUUUCAUCACCUUAAUUUUCUUUCUUGCUUGGCUUGUUAAGAAUGUAUUUAUUGCUGUGAUCAUUGAAACAUUUGCUGAAAUACGUGUGCAGUUCCAACAGAUGUGGGGGUCCAGAAGCAGUACUACUUCAACAGCUACUACCCAGAUGUUUCAUGAAGAUGCUGCAGGAGGAUGGCAGCUUGUAGAUGUUGAUGUGAAUAAGCCUCAGGGCAGAGCGCCUGCAUGUCUGCAGAGAAUGAUGAGGUCCUCAAUUUUCCACAUGUUUAUCUUGAGCAUGGUGGCUGUUGAUGUCAUUGUUGCUGCUAGCAAUUAUUACAAGGGAGAGACUUUUAAGAGCCAAUAUGAUGAGUUUUACCUUGCAGAGGUGGCAUUUACUGUCCUGUUUGAUCUGGAAGCUCUCCUAAAAAUCUGGUGCCUGGGGUUUACAGGAUACAUCAGUUCAUCUCUUCACAAAUUUGAAUUGCUGCUUGUUGUUGGAACUACUCUUCAUAUUUAUCCAGACCUCUACCACUCACAAUUUACAUACUUCCAGGUCCUUAGGGUAGUUCGACUUAUAAAGAUUUCUCCUGCCCUGGAAGACUUUGUGUAUAAGAUUUUUGGACCUGGAAAAAAGCUUGGGAGUUUAGUUGUGUUUACUGCCAGCUUAUUAAUUGUGAUGUCAGCAAUCAGUCUGCAGAUGUUCUGCUUCGUGGAAGAACUAGACAGAUUUACCACAUUUCCAAGGGCUUUUAUGUCAAUGUUCCAGAUCCUAACACAGGAAGGAUGGGUGGAUGUGAUGGAUCAGACUCUUAAUGCCGUGGGGCAUAUGUGGGCACCAGUUGUUGCUAUUUACUUCAUACUUUAUCAUCUUUUUGCUACCCUGAUUCUGCUGAGCUUGUUUGUUGCUGUUAUUUUGGAUAACUUGGAACUGGAUGAAGAUCUAAAGAAACUUAAGCAACUGAAACAAAGCGAAGCAAAUGCAGAUACUAAGGAAAAGCUCCCAUUACGUUUACGGAUUUUUGAAAAAUUCCCUAACAGACCUCAAAUGGUAAAAAUCUCCAAGCUCCCUUCGGAUUUUACAGUCCCCAAAAUAAGGGAAAGUUUUAUGAAGCAGUUUAUUGAUCGACAGCAACAAGAUACAGCUUGUUUACUGAGAAGGCUUCCCUCAGCUUCUUCUUCAUCAUGUGAUCAUUCAAAAAGACUUGCUAUUGAAGACAAUAAAUAUAUUGACCAGAAGCUUCGCAAAUCUGUUUUCAGCAUUAGGGCAAGAAAUCUUUUGGAAAAGGAGACUGCAAUCAAUAAAAUUCUUAGAGCCUGCACUCGUCAACGAAUGCUGAGUGGUUCCUUCGAGGGGCAGCCAGCAAAAGAAAGAUCAAUUCUGAGUGUCCAACAUCAUAUACGCCAAGAACGCAGGUAAAUACGGUUUCAACAAAAAUAUUGCUAUGCAUAUCAAAUGCAAUGUUUGUUCUUUCAGCAUUCUAACACAGUGAGGUACAGAAAUGCACAGAGAGAAGACAGUGAGAUUAAAAUGAUACAAGAGAAAAAAGAGCAAGCAGAAAUGAAAAGGAAAGUCCAAGAAGAAGAAUUGCGGGAAAAUCAUCCUUAUUUUGACAAGCCACUUUUCAUAGUAGGGCGUGAACACAGAUUCAGAAAUUUCUGUCGAGUGGUUGUACGAGCUCGCUUUAAUGCAUCAAAAACAGAUCCUGUUACUGGAGCAGUGAAAAAUACCAAAUAUCAUCAACUUUAUGAUUUGCUGGGAUUGGUCACUUAUCUGGACUGGGUAAUGAUCAUUGUUACUAUAUGCUCCUGCAUUUCAAUGAUGUUUGAAUCCCCUUUUCGAAGAGUGAUGCACGCACCUACACUUCAGAUUGCUGAAUAUGUUUUUGUAAUAUUCAUGAGUAUUGAACUUAAUUUGAAGAUUAUGGCUGAUGGCUUGUUUUUCACGCCAACAGCGGUUAUACGAGACUUUGGUGGUGUCAUGGAUAUAUUUAUAUAUCUAGUAAGCUUGAUAUUUCUCUGCUGGAUGCCACACAAUGUUCCUGCUAAAUCAGGAGCUCAGCUCUUAAUGGUGCUUCGGUGUCUCCGGCCCCUUCGAAUCUUUAAACUUGUGCCUCAGAUGAGAAAGGUUGUCCGAGAGCUAUUCAGUGGCUUCAAAGAAAUCUUUCUAGUUUCCAUUCUUUUACUGACAUUAAUGCUUGUCUUUGCAAGCUUUGGAGUUCAGCUUUUUGCUGGGAAACUGGCUAAGUGCAAUGAUCCACAUAUCACUGCAAGGGAAGACUGCCAUGGUAUAUUCCGAAUAAACGUCAGUGUUUCCAAAAAUCUAAAUUUAAAACUAAGACCUGGUGAGAAAAAGCCUGGAUUUUGGGUACCUCGAGUCUGGGCCAAUCCUCGAAAUUUUAACUUCGACAAUGUUGGAAAUGCAAUGCUGGCAUUAUUUGAAGUCCUUUCAUUAAAGGGAUGGGUGGAAGUCAGAGACGUUAUCAUUCACCGUGUGGGACCAAUCCAUGGCAUCUACAUCCAUGUUUUUGUAUUCCUGGGCUGCAUGAUUGGACUGACCCUUUUUGUUGGAGUUGUCAUUGCUAAUUUCAAUGAAAAUAAGGGAACAGCUUUGCUGACUGUUGAUCAAAGGCGAUGGGAAGAUCUAAAGAGCCGAUUAAAGAUAGCCCAACCCCUUCAUCUCCCACCUCGCCCAGAUAAUGAUGGAUUCCGAGCCAGGAUGUAUGAUAUAACACAGCACCCAUUUUUCAAGAGAACCAUCGCUGUUCUUGUUCUGGCCCAGUCUGUGUUGUUAUCUGUUAAGUGGGAUGAUCAAGACCCAGUGACUGGUCCUUUAGCUGCAAUGUCUGUUGUCUUCACCUUCAUUUUUGUUCUUGAGGUCACCAUGAAAAUUAUUGCCAUGUCACCUGCAGGAUUCUGGCAAAGCAGAAGAAAUCGUUAUGAUCUUUUGGUGACAUCCUUGGGCGUCAUAUGGGUGAUACUCCAUUUUGCCAUCACUAAUGCCUACACAUAUAUGAUGGGAGCGUGUGUAAUCGUUUUCAGGUUCUUCUCAAUCUGCGGAAAGCAUGUGACCCUGAAGAUGCUGCUGCUGACAGUGGUUGUCAGCAUGUAUAAGAGCUUUUUCAUCAUAGUAGGAAUGUUCCUGCUGUUGCUUUGCUAUGCUUUUGCUGGAGUGGUUCUGUUUGGCACUGUGAAAUAUGGGGAGAACAUUAAUAGGCAUGCCAAUUUUUCCUCAGCUGGUAAAGCCAUUACUGUACUCUUCAGAAUAGUCACUGGAGAAGACUGGAACAAGAUCAUGCAUGACUGCAUGGUUCAGCCUCCUUUUUGUACACCAGAUAACAGCACAUACUGGAAAACAGAUUGUGGGAACUACGCUGGCGCUCUUAUGUAUUUCUGUUCAUUUUAUGUCAUCAUUGCCUACAUAAUGCUAAAUUUGCUUGUGGCUAUAAUAGUGGAAAAUUUCUCACUAUUUUAUUCCACGGAGGAAGACCAACUCUUGAGUUAUAAUGAUCUUAGACAUUUUCAAAUUAUAUGGAACAUGGUUGAUGAUAAAAGGGAGGGAGUGAUUCCUACCUUCCGUGUCAAGUUUUUGCUGAGGUUGCUGCGUGGGAGGUUGGAAGUGGACCUCGAUAAGGACAAGCUCCUGUUCAAACACAUGUGCUACGAAAUGGAGAGGCUGCACAAUGGUGGAGAUGUAACCUUCCAUGAUGUACUGAGCAUGCUCUCAUAUAGAUCUGUUGACAUUAGAAAGAGUCUUCAACUUGAGGAACUGCUUGCCAGGGAACAACUGGAGUACACCAUAGAAGAAGAAGUAGCCAAGCAGACCAUACGCAUGUGGCUGAAAAAGUGCUUGAAGCGCAUUAGAGCAAAACAACAGCAGUCCUGCAGCAUCAUCCACAGUCUCCGAGAAAGUCAACAGCAAGAGCUUAGCCGUUUCCUAAAUCCACCAAGCAUUGAGACAACACAACCAAGUGAGGAUAUGAAUGCUAAUAGCCAAGAUAAUACACAGCCUGAGACAAGUAGUCAGCAGCAACUUCUCAGUCCAACACUUUCUGACAGAGGAGGGUAUAGACAAGAUUCUACUGAAGCUGGUAAACCUCAGCGCAAGUUUGGGCAGUGGCGUUUGCCAUCAGCUCCAAAGCCAAUAAGCCAUUCAGUGUCUUCAGUCAAUCUACGGUUUGGUGGCCGUACAACCAUGAAGUCUGUUGUGUGCAAGAUGAAUCCCAUGUCAGAUGCAGCUUCCUGUGGAUCAGAAGUCAAGAAAUGGUGGACAAGGCAACUCACUGUUGAGAGUGAUGAAAGUGGAGAGGAUCUGCUUGAUAUCUGACUGAGAUGGGGAAGUGUCCGUUGAAGUCACCCUUAUGCAAUGCACCUUUGGUAUACUUUUGUGUGUGUGUGGUUUAAAAUUGCAGGUCUGAGAUAUGGACAAUUGUUAUCAAGGCAAGCUUUUGAACCUGUUGUCUUUCAACUUGGCAAGCUAUACCAACUACUAAUUGUUUUGAAUCUAGUCUGUAGGUUUAUGGUUAAGAACAAUAACAAGAACUACAAAUUAUUGCGAUAUUCAUAAAUGACAAAUUGCAUUUAGCUUCCAUCCCAAGAAUCAUGAGACUCGCUCCAAGUUCACAGCAGGAGAUUCUGUCUUUCUGCAGUAUCACUACAUUGCAUCCCAAGCUGCUUUUUAAAGUUGGGUGGGACAGGAACUUUGAAAGCAAGUUGAUGUUGGAUGUCAACAAUUGGUAAAAUCCAAAGCUACCCAUCUGGUAUGAGAAUCCAGCCUUUGAUGGUUACUUUCGAAAUGGUCAACAAUUCUAGAAAUAUGUGCAAGCAAUGAGGAUGCAAUAAUUUUGUUGAGCAUGCUUUGGGAGAAAUAUUACAUUGAAAUGAAUCUAUUCCAAAGAAAAUAUUUGUAUGGAAUUAUGUCUUAGUGCUCUCAAACAUUUGGGUUUAGAUAAGCACAUAUAAUUUACACAGGAUUUAUAUUUUGUAUUGUUUUAUACAUUUAAUUGUUUAUGAAUGUUAGUUGGUUUAAUUUUCUAUAGUAAUUUUGUUAACCACCUUCGCCUCCUGAAUAAUCUGUAUAUACAUUUUAAAAAGAAAGAUACAUGAAUUGCAAUGAGGGACCUCUAUGAAAGCAUAUUUAAGAAGGUUCAUUUUGUUGAUUUUACAUCCGAGUAUUUGUUCAGAAGUAUUGGUUCUAUCUCUGCCCCAGUCAUAUAUUUUGCAUGGAAACAAUCAGUAUAUCAAAUGCAAGAACAGUAUGAUUCCUCUUGUUCUUUUUCCAAUCCUUUAACAGUAUUGAGUAUUAGUACUAACAAAUGGUACGUAGGUGAGCACAAAAUUCACUUUAAAUUGCAGUAUUUUUACAACAUACAGAUCCUGACUCACAAAUAUUUACCUUUUCAGUAUGCAAAAUAUAGAGUGGUGUGUUUAAUCAGAAAAUAGUUAAUUGGGUUUUUAAUAAUUAAUUUUGAUUAUUAAUGUAAAGCCCUUAAAGUGCCGUGCACAAAUUUCCUGACCAUAUACUUACUGAAUAUGUUUCUGAUACUGUCAUCUCUGCGGAUAUAAAUAACUUGUGAGACCUAGAACAGGGGACAUUGAAUCCUGAGUUUGGUUCAUUCCCUCUCCCCUGUAACUUUUUAAUAAAUGAGUCUUCAGAGCUACCUGGUGAGCAGGCUGUGUAAUUUAAGGGAUAUAUGUUGCUUAACCUGACAAGGUUCAUCAUGUGCACAUGCCUGUGUAUGACAUGGGAUACAGCACCUUUUAGGCAUCUGAAGGACCCUCAGAAAGAUAAUCUGCACAGAAAUUUGAUUCUCUGCCUGAUCUCUUUGCUGAAAACCGACAGCUAUUCUUACAGAGAUUAAAGAACUUUAUUAUUUAGAUAUUCUACUAUGUGAAACACCAUUACUGUUAGCUAUCUGUGUAUUCCUCAUGUGAGGGUGGUACUUAAAUUUAUGCAAUUAUCAGGUUCCCUGUCCUUGUCAAGAUGGUGUGUUUUUUUUCCAUUUCUUUUCUUUCAAUGUUUGGGAAAUGUUUAACUCAAAUUGUUAUUGUGGGUGGUAAGGUUGUUGACAUGUUUGGGAAACAAGAUAUCUGUCUAUUUGGACAUUCAGUUUUCCCUGACAAAUGUGGCAACUCUCGAGUUCAAGUUCAUUUGUGCAAAGAGUGGCAGUGAAGGAACAUCUCUAGAACACCAAGUCACCAGACAAACUUUGGUAUAUGUCUGAGUCCCAUAGAGAGAUGCCUGAGACACAUUUGCUCCAGCGCAGAUUUAAAGAGAUGGAAGGCCAUAAAGGAAAGCUAGAGGGGGGACUUGUCUCUAACUGCUAGCAUAUUACAACAUCUAAACUGGAAAUAUGCACUCCUAAUAACAAGGAUACCGCUGCUGGCAGAGACUAAUCUCAUGUAUCAACGCACACAACAUACUCCAAAAUGGCCAUCCAACUGCCUAUAGUUUUGUGUUUGCCAAAUUUAUUUACAAACAGGAUUUACUACCUCUGAUAUGUGCAAACUAAAUCUAAUUUAUAGUACAAAAUAUAAUUCUCUUUUAGUUGCCACUGAGACAGAUGUAAUCUUUCUAAGAAUAAGGUUUCCAGGGUGAUGUAACAGGAUGUUACACCAGAUCCGUACAGUAUAUAGACCCCACCAAGAAGGGGGAGACUCACUUGCAUAUCUUUAUAGGGUUUUAUAUUCUCCAUUACUAAUUAUGCUGCUGUUGAAAAACGAACGGCAACAUAGCACAAGGGAGCAGUUGUUAAGAUAGAGUUACUGUCCCAAUAUCAUGUUCUUGCUUUAUAUUUUGUUAUGUCAAAAGGAUUAAAGUUCUGGCAGGACUGAGGCUGUAAUCCUAUGCAUAAUUACUUAGAAAGAACCCCCACCAAACAUAGUGAAAUGUGCCACUGAGUAAACAUGCAUAGAUUUGCAUUGUAAGUGUAAUCCUUGGACUUCUCUUUCCAGUAUAGCCAGAUGUCAUAUAGGGUAAAACCAAACUGUGAUGAAUAACAGCCAUCUUAUUACUUCUACAGUUAAAUGUAGUAGAGGAGAAGGAACAGAAUUCUGACAUCUUCACACAAACAACUGUGAUUUUAGGGUUUUGUAUCUGCUUCCCGACCUCAGCACCUUUGGGAUGAGACCUUUGCCACUACCACUAUUUCCUAUGGAAAUUAUGUUGUGCAACUAUGACGUGGCCUGGAUUUUCUGAGACUCAACAAAAACAUCAGAAUUCAUUAAUGAUAUACUGAUUGAAACUAACAACUGGAAAAUGCCCAUGUGCUCCAGUAGCCUUAUGGACAGAAAAGCCCCAGCAACAAAGGUUGUUUUAAUGGGGUUGUUUGUGCAUUUGCUUUUAACACAACUUUUGUUUGAACCAAAAAGAUGUGUUUCCACAGACUCAUAAGACAUUUGGUUCAUAAUCAACAUUUUGGCCACAUGUUAUUUUAAAUGUUGUUGCCUUCAAAAUGUUAUUAAACAUUUAUCUAUGUGUACCUUUUCCUGAUUAGGUUAAACAUACAGAUGGAAGAGAAGUCUGAGUUCCUGCAGUAUGUUUCCUAUGUGCUUUCUGCUCUUCAAAUUAGGAUCUAUAGAAAACAUCAUUUCUAUUAUGGUCAGGGACUUUUGUCUUGUCUUUUAUGUCUAUUCCUUUGAACUUCAGAUUUUGUACAAAAAAAAAGAGACAACAAGAGUGUUACCUGGGUUUAUAAAGUAUGUUUUCUUGAACUUUCAAUAAUGUUCUGCAUUACAGAAACUUUCCUAGUUGUUAUUAUGACAAAUGUUCUUUUUAAACUUCUGGCAAACCUUAUUUUGCCAUAAUGUGUCAAUAAAAGUGAGUUGCCUUCA